CUAAGGCUUUUCCAGUCUGCUAUGCAUAUUUGGUUCGCUCGCAUAACCCCUCUCUGGUCUCUAUAGUCUUCUUCUUCCCCACAAACACACACAGAGACACAUCUUGCAGAGACGAAAACCACAGGCGACCUGCAAAGAACAAAGGCGAAUCUAGCGACGAGCUCCUCUCCGAUUCCGGCUUCUUCCUUUAAAAAGAGCUUGUUGAAUGGCUUGCCUUUCAUCUGGUAUCGCAGCAACUUCCUCUCCUUCAACCUCGAGUUUCCUUGGCAGGCAGAAAUGCUUCUCUUCCAAUCUGCAAACCAAUCACCUGAAUUUUUCCUAUGCUGGACGUGUCAAUCUCCGGAUUAAUUUUCCUUAUUCCAAGAUUUUCACUUCUCACAGGUCGGUUCAUCCCGUCUUCAACACCCUCUCUUCUUACAACGGCACAUCUAAAGAAGGAAAGGUUGUUGUGUUGGUCAUUGGUGGAGGAGGGAGGGAACACGCGCUUUGUUAUGCUUUACAACGAUCACCUACAUGUGACGUGGUCUUUUGCGCCCCGGGUAAUGCUGGAAUUUCUAGUUCUGGAGAUGCUACUUGUGUAUCGGACCUCGACACCUCCAAUAGUUCAGAGGUGAUCUCAUUUUGCCACAAACAGGGAGUUGGAUUGGUUGUUAUUGGGCCCGAGGCUCCUCUUGUUGCGGGCCUCAGUAAUGAUCUUUGUAAGGCUGGAAUCCUGUCAUUUGGCCCUUCCUCCGAAGCUGCUGCCUUGGAAGGGUCAAAAAGCUUCAUGAAGAGCUUGUGUGACAAGUAUGGGAUCCCGACAGCAAAGUAUCAAACAUUCAAAGAACCAUCAAAAGCAAAAGAGUACAUCAAACAGCAAGGCACUCCCAUUGUAAUUAAAGCAGAUGGAUUGGCUGCCGGUAAAGGGGUGGUAGUUGCCAUGACACUUGAUGAAGCAUAUGAGGCAGUAGAAUCCAUGCUUGUGGGAGGCGUGUUUGGCUCAGCUGGAUCUCAAGUUGUGGUUGAGGAGUACUUGGAGGGCGAGGAAGCAUCUUUCUUUGCGUUGGUGGAUGGGGAGAAUGCCAUUCCUUUGGAAUCCGCUCAAGAUCAUAAACGGGUUGGAGAUGGUGACACGGGACCCAAUACAGGUGGAAUGGGAGCUUAUUCUCCGGCACCUGUUCUCACUAAGGAACUCGAGUGUGAGGUUAUGGAGUCCAUCAUUGUCCCUACCGUAAAGGGGAUGAGUGCAGAAGGCUGCAAGUUUGUUGGGGUUCUGUAUGCCGGCUUAAUGAUUGAGAAGAAAUCCGGACGACCUAAGUUAAUCGAGUACAAUGUGCGUUUCGGAGACCCUGAGUGCCAGGCAUUAAUGGUUCGUUUGGAGUCCGAUUUAGUCCAGGUCCUACUGGCAGCUUGUCAGGGACAGUUGAACGGAAUAUCCCUGAAUUGGUCACCUGGGUCAGCCAUGGUGGUAGUCAUGGCCAGCGAGGGGUACCCUGGAAGCUACAAAAAGGGAACAGUGAUUCAGAAGCUGGACGAAGCAGAGCAGGUGGCCAAAAUAUUCCACGCCGGAACAUCUCUAGAUGCGGAGGGUAAUUUCAUUGCAACCGGAGGGCGCGUCCUUGGGGUCACGGCCAAAGGAAAGGAUCUUCAAGAGGCACGGGACAGAGCGUACCGAGGAGUUGAGGCAGUUGAGUGGCCGAGCGGUUUUUACAGGCGGGAUAUCGGUUGGAGAGCGUUGUCUCUGACACAACACGUCUGCUAAACGUUCUGGGGGGCAUUUUCGUACUUUUUUCGACCCUUACUCGGGCCAUAUUUCGGGUAUCCGUUUUGGAUUUGAGUGUUAGGAAGAGUGAAUGAGUGACUUUGGGAAAGACUUUUCCUUUUUUUGUAACACUCCAAUGUAGGGACUCUUGCUCUGGUCAUAUCCAGAUGUUCAUUGGAAUGUUUAAAAUCUGUUGAAAAUAACAAAAUAGAAAAAAGUGUCUCAAGUUAUUAAAGGUGACAAUUUGGC